GUCAGAGCCCUAGAGGAUAAGAGAAGCUUGCCGCUGGUGAGGGAUAUGGCCAGGAUUCCUGGAGUUGGAAGACCUUCAGCUUCGCCAUGUUUGGAGAACAAGGAAGAUAAUGAAAGUGAUGUGGCCCUUCUUAGACUCAAGGACCCUGACAGAGGACUGGAAGAGGAGCAGCUGGUACACUCGGAGUCGGAGUCCUCCAGCCUUGACCUGAGCAUGCAAGGCCCACCCUGCAGCCUCCCUGCUGGGCUCAGCCUAGAUGACUUCAUCCCUGGCCACCUACGGGCCCACGUAGGGUCACCCCCCCGGGGGACACGGGUGCCUGUGAUCCGGAAUGGUGGCUCCAACACCCUUAAUUUCCAGUUCCAUGACCCUGCGCCCAGGACCGUGUGCAAUGGCUACAUCCCACAGAGGAGAGAAGCUCCCCAGCAUGCAGACCCUGCGUGGUAUCAGACCUGGCCAGGCCCUGGCACCUGGCCCUCUGCGAACUCCAAGACCUCCACACCCCAGCAUGCCCAGAACUGGUCAGCCACAUGGACCAAGGACAACAAGCAGCGGGACAAGCGCUGGGUCAAGUACGAGGGAAUCGGGCCUGUGGAUGAGAGCGGCAUGCCCAUUGCCCCCCGAUCUAGCGUUGACAGCCCCAGGGACUGGUAUCGGAAAAUGUUCCAGCAGAUUCACCGGAAAAUACCAGACCUGCAGCCAGAUUGGACCUUCCAGGACCCACCCAAAGUGAUUUCCCCGUGGACCUCCUCUGCAAACCCCAAUCAGCCAGGGCCACAGCAAAGAACAGCCUCCAGGCCGGACCCUCCGGUGACUUCCAGCGGGAGAAACUGGGACCACUCUGAAGAGUUUUCCAGAAGCACCUUCACCUAUGAUCCCGGAGAAUUCUCCCCAGAGCUCCAGCCCCCAAAUCAGGUGCCCAGACAUGGAGAGAAAGCAGACGAAGUCUGGACAGAAGAUUCCUGGAACCAGUUUCUACAGGAACUAGAGACUGGGCAGAAGCCCAAGAAGCCACUGGUGGAUGACCCUGUUGAGAAGCCCUCCCAGCGCAUUGAGGUCCUGCUGGAGAGGGAGCUGGCCAAGCUGAGCGCUGAGCUGGACAAGGACCUGCGGGCAAUUGAGACUCGGCUGUCGUCCCCCAAGAGCUCGCAGGCGCCCCGACGGGCCCCGGAGCAGCGGCCGCCGGCCGGCCCGGCCUCAGCCUGGAACUUCAGCUCCCCGCAUGCACCUUACCUGGGUCCCUCCCAAUCCCUGAGCCCACACAGAAUGGCGGAUGGAGGAGGAAGCCCCUUCCUAGGUCGGAGAGAUUUUGUCUACCCCUCCUCAGCCCGAGACCUUAGUGCCUCCCAACGAGGCAGCAGCCCAGCCAGGAAGGAAGAGAAGAAGAGAAAGGCUGCCCGGCUCAAGUUUGACUUCCAGGCACAGUCCCCAAAGGAGCUGUCUCUGCAGAAGGGUGACAUUGUCUACAUCCAUAAGGAGGUGGACAAGAACUGGCUGGAGGGGGAACACCAUGGCCGGCUGGGCAUCUUCCCUGCCAAUUACGUAGAGGUGCUGCCUGCAGAUGAGAUCCCCAAGCCCAUCAAGCCCCCCACCUACCAGGUGGUAGAGUAUGGAGAAGCUUUGGCUCAGUACAACUUCAAGGGGGACCUGGAAGUGGAGCUAUCCUUCCGCAAGGGGGAGCGCAUCUGCCUGAUCCGCAAGGUGAAUGAGAACUGGUACGAGGGGCGCAUCUCAGGCACGGGGCGCCAGGGCAUCUUCCCCGCCAGCUACGUGCAGGUGUGCCGCGAGCCCCGGCUCCGAGUCUGUGAAGACGGCUCCCAGCUCCCUGCCUCUCCCCGCCUGACCACCACUGCCCAUCUGGCCCGGCACCCCAGCUCUCCCUCAGCGCCGUGCAGCCCAGCGGACCCCACCGACUGGGGGGGCCGGACCUCCCCCCGCCGCACCGGCUUCUCCUUCCCCGUCCAGGAGUCCAGGCCCCAGACCCAGACUCUCAGCACCCCUGGGCCAGCCCUGUCCCACCCUCGAGGGUCCAGCCGUCCCCUGGACUUGGGAGUCUCCUCCCCCAACACCAUGCAGAUACACUGGACCCCGUACCGGGCCAUGUACCAGUACAGGCCCCAGAACGAGGACGAGCUGGAGCUGCACGAGGGGGACCGAGUGGAUGUCAUGCAGCAGUGCGACGACGGCUGGUUUGUGGGUGUCUCCCGGAGGACCCAGAAAUUUGGGACAUUCCCUGGAAAUUAUGUAGCCCCGGUGUGAGUGGUCUCCAUGGCAACUUGGAGCCAGCCAGGAUGGGGUGGGGAGCAGUAGCACUUACAGGAGGGAGCGGGCCCCCCACAUCUCCUCCUCCCCCAGACCUGCUCUCCCAGCAUCUGCAGAGACCCCAGCAGCCUUCCCUUGGAGCCCCUUCAAAGCCCCCUGGACUGAUUCCCACCCACAACUCACAGGCAUUCCUCUGAAAGCCCCUUCACCCCCACCCCCACUCCCCAAAUACAGAGGUCUGCUUUGAAGUGGAGACUGUUUCCAGGCCUUAUUAAGACCAGACUCCUAGCCCCCCACCCCCACCCGCCAUUGCGUUUCCUCUAACAGGGACGGCUCCCAGCUUCACCCCCGUGGGGUUCCUCUAACAAGGACCAGCCUCCUAACCUGAUGCAGACCAAAGGCCUCCAGCGCCCGCCUGCAGGACUUCCUCCCCUUUCUUACCAGCUUGCCUGCUGCCCCUUUGCCUUCUGGCCUCCAGCUGGGCCUGGGAGUGAGGUGGGGGACAGAUGCAGCCCUUCUUAGCCUUCAAGGCCUCCACUUCCCAGAGGCUGGUGAGGCCCGACCUGGGCUCUGCACAUCCUCCUGUGGCCACGGUGCCCAGCACCACUGGCCUAUCCCUAACAAUGCGCAGGGAGACUUUGCUGUGCUCUUACCUCUCAGCUCUCCCCCAUGCUCAGAUUCCGGCUGGAAGAUGGUGUAAAAUAAAUCUGGUUACCAGG